AUGUUAACAAGACAAAUGAUACACCUGCCGUGCAGCAGAUACAGGGAAAAUAAAGCCCUAAGCAUCUCUUCUCCCCCAAACAAAGUUAGCUUUGGGCAAAUCGACAUCCGAGUACAAGGGUAGUUUGCUAGGGUUCUUCACAAAGACCCUCAAGUGCAGAGAUGGGGGAUGCGUAUUGGAAUCGUCAACCACAGCAGCAGCAGCAGCAGCUACCUCCUCAAUCUGCUGGAUUGCUUAAACGGCCUCGUUCUGAAUAUGUACCAGAUCUUCCACCAUCUGGGAUGUCACAAGCUCAUGAAAUGCAUCAUUACUUAGGAAGGGAUGAUGAUCGUGGUGGACCUCGAGUAGUGGACACACAGUCAAUCGGAGCACAGUCAAUUGGAUCAGCAUAUGAUCGUGGUGGACCUCGAGUAGUGGACACACAGUCAAUCGGAUCAGCAUAUGAUCGUUAUCUUCAGAGUUCGCAACUUUCUUCUCUUUCAGUCGGAGAUGCUAAUAACUACAAGGGAGUUGGAUUGGCUAGAGCAGGUGGUGGUGGCAUACCUGCCCUUCCUGUUCGUGAUCCGCUUCCAUCAGCUCGUGGGCGAGAACUAGCACCAAAUGGAAGACCUAUGGUAUUUAGUGGUCAAAUGCCAGUUGAAUCUAUGCCGAGGCCUCGUGAAACACUGCCUCUCCCUCCUGAUGCUUCUAACACCCUCUAUAUAGAGGGACUUCCUUCAGACAGCUCCAGGAGAGAAGUAGCCCAUAUUUUUCGUCCUUUUGUGGGCUACAAAGAAGUCAGACUUGUUAGAAAGGAAUCAAAACAUCGUGGUGGAGAUCCUCUUAUCCUUUGUUUUGUGGAUUUCGUAGAUCCAGCUUGUGCAGCUACUGCUUUGAGUGCGUUGCAAGGUUACAAAAUGGACGAACAUGAUCCUGAUUCGGCCUACUUGAGGUUGCAGUUCUCAAAGUUUCCAGGUCCGAGGUCUGGUGGCUCAGGAAGUCGUGGGAAGCGAUAAAUAACCUCCACCAGCUUUUUAUUUACAUAUUGCUCCGUCUGAAUUGACUUAUGUAUUAUGUACUGUUACUGGAAUAUGCAAUUCACAAUUGGCUCAAAAGCAGGUGCUAACCAUGGUCGCGGUAAUAUGCACACUAUUGGUUUUUGAAGCGGGAGUUUUCUGCUUCAACAGGCCUUUAAAGCCAGUGAAACUUUGUUUCUGAGAGCGUACAACUUGAUAGGCGGACGCAGGUUGUAGUACUACUUCUAGUUGAAGAAAUGUUUCUAAGUUUAUUCCAGACAGUGAAUUUUUAAGAGUUAGUGAAAAUUUCUGGGCAA